GAAAAAAUUUUAAAUAGUUAAAAAUUAAUUAAUUAAAUUCUCUUUUCUAUUUCCUUUAGAAUUAGUAUCAACAUUAGAUCAAAGAUGGCUGCUUCUGUUCCUCACCCAAAGAUCGUUAAGAAAUACACCAAGAAAUUCAAGAGACAUCACUCUGAUAGAUAUCACAGAGUCUCUGAAAAUUGGAGAAAGCAAAAAGGUAUUGAUUCAUGUGUUAGAAGAAGAUUCAGAGGUACCAUUCCUCAACCAAACAUUGGUUACGGUUCUAACAAGAAAACUAAAGGUUUAUCUCCAUCUGGUCACAAAGUCUUUUUAGUUAAAAAUAUUAAAGAUUUAGAUGUCUUAUUAUUACACACUAAAACUUAUGCUGCUGAAAUUGCUCACAAUAUCUCUUCUAAAAAUAGAGUUGAUAUCAUUUCUAAAGCUAAAAAAUUAGGUGUUAAAGUUACUAAUCCAAAAGGUAGAUUAGCUUUAGAAGCUUAAAUUUAGUUUUGAACAAAAGUAUCAUCAUAAUAAAUAAAUAUCACAAAUCACAAACAAAUCUCCCAUAAUUUCUUUAUGUAUAAAAUUAAUAUAUUAUAGUCAUUAAAUAUAAAAUAUUUUUAAAAAAAUUAUUAUUAAAAAUGGUUCUUAAAUGUAGAUCUGUAUAAUUUCUUUACAAAUUGAAUGAAUGA